AUGGGAUCGACAGAGGUCUCCGGCCCGGUCCUCACCCAGCUACUAGAUGAGCAAGCACAGGAAACCCCCGAGCGAGUGUAUUGUGUGCAUCCAGUAUCCCAGGACUCAGAUCAAGGAUGGCACCACAUUACCGUCAAACAGAUGAGCGAGGCCGUUGACCGCUUGUCCUGGUGGAUCGAAAGCAAGCUCCCUGCAGGAGAGCCGCAGGUGCUAGCCUACAUCGGCACUAAUGAUUUGCGCUAUGCAGCAUUCAUCCUGGCAUGUAUGAAGACCGGUCACUCGGCCUUGCUACUAUCCACACGAAACUCCUUAGUAGCCAACCAGCAUUUAUUACGCAGCACGAGUUGUCCAGUACUCGUCGAUGGCUCUGAGAGGCCAACUCUGCGUACACUAGUCAGCGAACUAGUUGAAUCCUGCCCCGAGACAGAGAGAUGGCACAUGGGUCCUAUCUGGGACAUCUUCGCAUCCGACACAGUAAAGCCAUAUAUUCACAACGAGAGCUAUGCUGCCCUGGAAGAUCGAACGGCGGUAAUGAUUCAUAGUUCAGGCACAACCGGGCUUCCUAAGCCGGUUCGCCUUACAUAUGGAUAUCUUGCAACGUUGUUCUACAUGCAAACACUGCCGGUGCCUGAAGGUCGCCAGUCCACCCAGCUGUUUGUUCACUUGAAGGACCAAUUGAGGAUCAUGAGUGGACCCUUGUUUCACUUCAUAGGUCUGGUAUGCAUCUCCGAGUCUAUUUUCUAUCGCACUUCAUUCUUGCUGGCACCGGACCGGCCCUUGACUGCAGACCUCUUCUCAAGCAUCAUGUCUUUGGAUGUCCCGCCGAGAUGGGGUUUAGUUUCGCCUUUCGUGUUGGAAGAGCUCUCUGCCUCCAAAAAAGGCCGAGAUGCAUUAUCGAAACUAUCCGCCAUUAAUUUCGGAGGUGCUCCGCUUUCACAAGCUGCCGGAGACAUCAUUUCAGGCCUGAUUCCAUUGCAGCCCCUAUACGGGAGUACUGAAAGUGCAUACACAGCGAAUCUGCGAUGCGAAGACCCCGCAGAUUGGAACUAUCUCGAGUGGAAUCCCAAUUUCGGCACACACAUGGACGACGUGGGCGAUGGGUUGUGCGAACUAGUACUCCCCCGAGGGGAAUCGCGUCGCUGGAAGGGCAUUUUCCAUACAGAUCCUCACUUGACUGAGCAUCGGACAGGUGACUUAUUUCGCGAGCAUACUUCCAAGCCUGGAUUGUGGCAGUAUCAAGGUCGCGGGGACGAUAUAAUUGUCCUCAGCAAUGGGGAGAAGUUCAAUCCCACUGAUGCAGAGAAAGUGAUUGAAUCACACCCGCUGGUUAAACACGCAGCUAUCCUCGGACAGAACAGGUUCCAGGCAUCGCUACUCAUCCAACCUCAAUGGGACAGUCUUCCUGAAGACUGGAGCUCGGAAUGGUUGCAUCAGAAUCUGCGGCUGAUCAUAGACAAAGCUAAUGUUAGUUUACCUGGACAUGGGAAACUAUUCUAUAGUCAUGUCGCGUUUGCAUCUGAGGAUAAGCCAUUUGCACUAUCGCCCAAAGGUACCUUGCGCCGUCGAGAAAUUGUGAAGGCAUAUGAAUCUGUCAUUGAUGACUUGUAUGUCCCUCAGCCUGCCAGCGCGCAGGCUAAGGCUCAAAUGCCCGAGCUCCAGGGAUAUAGUCUGGAGGAAAUAGAGAUAUGGAUUCAGAAUGUCGUUUCACACAUUAUCUCUUUGGAGAACCUCAAUCUCGACGACGGGAUCGUUGCCCUGGGAAUGGAUUCUCUUCAGCUGGUCCGAUUGGCACAAGUGCUACAAGACACAACCGAUGGAAUGGAAUCACUGCUGCAUCCUAAACGCUGGACGAGUGCUCUAUUUUAUGAACUAGAGACAUUACGCCGGAUCGCGAUUUCGUUCCACCAUCAAGUGAAUGGUGACACCUCGAAAGUCAACGAGGAACACGUUUUAUCAAGAAGCGAUACAAUGAUGAAAUUCGCCUGGGAUCAAGCACAACAUCUCGCCGGCGGAGGUAUCCAAGUCAUCUUGACUGGGUCGACUGGCGAACUAGGAAGCUUCCUGUUGAACCAAUUACUCCAGGAUCUCACAAUUACCCGAGUAAUCUGUCUCAACCGCUCAUCCGAUGCCGCAGAACGACAACUCCAGACAUUCCGACGAAAGAAACUAUCCAGCUUCUGGCUGACAGAAAGUUCACGCGUGGAAUUCCAUCAAUGUCAGCUCCACGAACUCCACCUCGGACUCGGGCAAGAGAAAUAUACCGCAUUACAAAGAAAUGUUUCAAUCAUCAUCCACAACGCCUGGCCAGUGAACUUUAACCAAAAUCUCGCAAGUUUCGAGCCGCAUCUAACAGGAGUUCGAAGGCUCCUUAACUUCGUGGAGUCUUCAGCCCGCAACCCCGAGUUCCACUUUAUAUCCUCCAUUUCAACAGUUGCAGGAAGCGUGUCCGACUCCGUCAUUGAAAAACCCCAGGAUAUCUCCUGUGUUCUUCCACAAGGGUAUGCGGAAUCCAAGUACAUUGCCGAACAUCUUUGCGAGCUCUCCAGUAAACAAAGCGGAAGCAGAAUUGCCAUCCAUCGCGUUGGACAGUUGGGCGGUCCAUCCAAUUUCUCUGCUGGCAUGUGGAAUACAAGAGACUGGUUCCCAUCUCUGAUUAAGUCAUCCCUGACCAUGGGAAAGGUACCAGAUUGCCUGGGAUCAAUGCAAGUGGAUUGGCUACCGAUUGUGAGUGGGCAUCAGAGUAACACGAAAAUAAAACUAAUUAUGCACCAGGAUACCGCUGCCAGAAUCAUUACCGAGAUAGUCGAUACUCGGAAAUCACGCGAAUACCCAGCUCUGACGGUAUAUCACAUCGUCAAUCCUAAUACGGUUGACUGGAAGGCGAUUUCUCCCUUGGUGGCUGGAGCAUGUAAGGCGGAUAUCGUGUCACUGGACGAUUGGAUUAAAAGUGUGAAAGAGCGAGCGUUUGGAUCUGGAUCUGGAUCUGGAUCUUCUGGGACCGAUCUAUCUGAUUUACCGGCGGCGCAGCUUUUGGACUUUUUUGCUCUUCUGCUGCGAGGGGAAGGACAGGUGCAGCCUCGUAUUCUUACUAGUGGUGCGAGAGAGGAUUCUCGGACACUCAAUGCUAUUGGGGGUGUGGAUUCGAGUAUGGUGAUGAUUUGGUUGGGACAGUGGAAGGAAGAGUGGAUGCCUGAGUUGAGUACUGAGAUGUGCGGGUUGAGAUGUUGGGGCUAUGUUGCGCUAUAG